AAUAAUAUUAAUAAACCAUAAUACCUGUGCUGCUGUUUAAGAAGUUCAUACAAUUAAAAUAUACAUCCCCUAUUUUAUAUUGCAGUGAAGUUCUUGUUACAUGUAAAUUAAAGAAAGUGGUGGGAAUUGACGUUUAAUAUCAAUAACAAAAAAAAAAAAAAAAAACAAAACGAACAAUGACGGCGAUGCUGGUUUCCGUGGCGGAAUUGUCCAACAUUUUCUCCGUCCUUGCAGUCUUGAUAUGCUUCUGCGGGGUCAUCCUAUUUAUCAUGAGGAAUAUGAUGGUACUUCGAGUUCACGGGGAUGACCUGAUGUUCGGAGGUGGUGGCGGCGUCCUUCCUCACGCGCCUCGAAUACCCCAGAUGAAGAUGAUGAAGGUUCACAUACCGUUCACCUUCAAACUCCACGAAAGCUUCAGAAGCACGUAUGCCGAAGUCGAGUGCGAAGUAUCCAGCCAAGUGGAGUAUUCGUUGCAGGCAAUUUGGGGUGUCAGUAUACGAGAGCUGCAUCUUGCACUUUGGAGACCUUGGAAUGCCCUCAGGGAUGCAUCUUUGAAUGGAACACUCCUUCAAGGUCAUGCGCAGUAUCUAACUCCACCAAAAGCUAGACAGCCUCACGGGGAGCAAACCUUAAGACUGUCACUUCCGGCGCCGGAAUUGGAACUGGGAACGCCGCCUCGCCUCUGCUAUCCUCUUGUGAUAUUCUUGACGCGUAGAGAUACGAGAGAUCUUCACCCUGACGAGACGGUCGCUCUCGUCAACGUAGUUCACAUUAAGGACAGUGUUUGUACAUUGCCAACUUCUAUCUUGGCUCAGUAUCUCAAACAGGCUAACGGGCAGUUAUCGUGCCUUAAGCAACUCUACCUGGCGACGGGUAACCCGACGAGCUACGAAGAGGACGUGUCAUCGACAGGCUUGGGACCGGCUUUGGCUUUGGCCGAGCCGUGUAACAACACAAGUGGAAACGCUCGAGGAGGAGCGAUGGUGACUUCUGGACCGGGAGACUCAGCGGAAAGUUCUCUCUGGAAUUCGGCUGGUGAACAGCUCUGCGUUGUCUGCCAAUACUUUCCGUUGUCACGCGCUCUCCUGCCUUGCAGACACACGUGCAUAUGCGCAUCGUGUUUCGGUAAGCUCGAGAGGUGCCCGAUGUGCAGGAGCCCGAUAAAGAGCUACUUCUGCAUACGCGGCGAGGAGUACAUGCCGCCGGAAAAGGAGAUGAAUCCUUACAAGCACAGACAACAGGCGCCUGGCGCCUCCCACUGGCUGCACGACUGGAACGACAGACUCACGGAUUUUCUAGGCUUUGCACGGUGAACGAAAAUCGAGGAGAUUAUUAUUCAACGAUUAUGAAUACCGUUGGAAUAUUCAUCUCCCUGUUUCUCCUCCUUGUCCUUCUCCUUCUCCUUCUCCUUCUUCUUCUCCUCUUUGUCGGAUACGCAGAAAUUAUUCGUGUAACGCGAUCGAUCAGGUUUAUACCUAACCGAGUAUCAUCGCCUGGACGGUUUUUACGUUGACAAUUUGCGAUUUGUAUGCGCUUGGUUCGCGGUAUCGAAAUAUCCGGUAAAACCGUUGAUUCGAACAUUGUGAAAGUCGUUCGUACCGGACGUGA